AUGGCGGCCUCCAUGAUUAUAAACAAACUUUCUAGUUCUGUGCUUGAUUCAAGUAAUACCGAGAAAAAGAAGAAGGUGCGUGAUUAUUCAACGAUACAUGUGGAACGUGUAUGUGGUAUACUUACAAACCAAUCUUAUAGUGAAUUCUUUGAAAACUAUUUGUUGAGAAAUCGGCCUUGUAUUCUAUCGUCCCUGAAUACCGACACAUGGAACAGUAGGACAGAUUGGACACUCCCAAAUGGACAACCAAACUUUGAGUUUCUGAGAGAGAAGUUUGGCCAUGCUUGUGUACCUGUUGCAAACUGCAAAAAAGAGAAAUAUUCAUCACAGCCCAAAGAAGAGCAAACUUUCUCCAAUUUUUUGGACUAUUGGCAAAGCUACAUUGAGUCAGGCCACCCUGAUAGCAUGGAUAAUUUGUAUUUAAAAGACUGGCACUUCAAAAGAGAGUUUCCUGAAUACAAAGCAUAUGAGACUCCUCGUGUCUUUACUUCGGAUUGGCUGAACGAGUUCUGGGACACCAAAGAAGACAAAGAUGAUUACAGAUUUGUGUACAUGGGACCCAAAGGCUCAUGGACACCUUUCCAUGCAGAUGUUUUCAGGUCUUUUAGUUGGUCUGCCAACAUUUGUGGAAAAAAGAAGUGGAUAUUCUAUCCUCCAGGUGAAGAAGAAAAUCUAUGCAGUAAAUAUGGCCAUUUAGUUUAUGAUGUUAAUUCAAGUGAUUUGGAUGAUGUAAUCUUGUACCCAAACUAUACUAAAGUGAAAUCUAGGUUAGAAAUCAUACAAGAGGCAGGGGAGAUAAUUUAUGUUCCCAGUGGAUGGCAUCACCAAGUCUAUAACUUGGAAGAUACCAUUUCUAUUAAUCAUAAUUGGCUGAAUGGCUGUAAUGUAGACAUUUGUUGGCAGUACAUCAAGGACAACCUCGUCCAAGUUGAGCGUGAGAUUGAGGACUGUCGGGGGAUGGAGGGCUGGGAUCAACAAUGUCAGCUGAUCCUGAAGGCCAGCUGUGGAAUUGAUUAUGAAGAGUUUCUUCAGUUUAUGGAAGUCAUUGCCCUAAACAGGAUAAAACUUCUGCAAAACCAAAUAAAGCUUAUGACAAAUCAAUCAGACAUACAUCAGAAGGUGUGUGAACCAGACAAAACUCAAGGUGUAAAUCAAGGCGUUCUAAAAGAAAGAGAACAGUCAACAGGAACACCAAAGGGAAAUCAAUCUACAAGCUUGACUAUAGAUAAAGGAUUGCCUAUGGAUAAGGGGCAGAUAAAUCAUUGUGUAUUUGACCUUCACAGUGUCAAGGACAUAUUGAGUGAUAUGAUUUGUACUUCAGAAUUUACUUCUCUAGCUGGAUGUGAAAGCAGAGCAAACAAACUGAUAUUACAGAUUGAAAAAAUAAUCAACAACUUUUUGUAAUAUAUCAAAUUUAUUUUUCUGAACUUAUUAAAUUUAUUUAUUAUACCUGAAUCUUAUAUUGUUUUACAUUAUUUUAAGUAAAUUUAUUAUGUCGGUACAUGAAUCUUAUUUUAC